AUGAGUGAUCUGCAUAGUUCAUUAUUGAACAAUGACAUGAAUUUUAAUAAUUUAUAUGAAGUAAAUUUGAAUGUUAAUGUUUAGGUUAUUCGAUAAGAACUAGUUGAAUAUCAAUAGAGUGUAGAUGAAUUAUAAGUUUUAGGAGAAAGCGAAAUCGAUUAACAAAAUGUGAAUUAAGUGUUUUUAACAUUAAAAACAAUUUAAUUGCAUUAAUUGAACAUAAAAGAAUAGAUUAUUAAAUUGGAGCAAGUACUUUAAACCAUAACUCAAAGUAAUCGCGAGGGGUCGAACAAAGAAAUAAAACUAAAAAAUUAAGAGAUUUAUAUGCAAGCCAUUAACAAAGAUAAUAGUCAUAGUACAAAAAUAUGGUAAAUGACUGUGGAUUUGAACCGUUGAAAGAUGCAUUAAAAGAAAUAGAUAAAAUGAUGAAAUUAUCAUCAAAACAAGAUGUGUAGAAUUAUGUAUUAAAAUUUUAAAUAAAUGUAAAACAAUCAACGAUAGAAAACAAUAAUAAAAAGUAUUAAAUGCAAUAAUCAGAAAUGGAACCUUUGUAAUAAUAUGAACAUUUAGAAUGGAGCAAUCAAAUUCUUAAAUAAAAUUAAGAAGAAAUUGAUUAAAUUUAAAUGAAGACUGAAACUAUUAAUAAAAUUGUUUAAGAUUUGGCAUUAGAAGUAGAGAAUUAAGAUAUUAAUUUUGAUAUAAUAGAGACAAAUGUUAAUACUACAAAAGAUAAUGUCGUUAAGGCUCAAGAUUAAUUAGAAAAAACUGAAAAUUAAUAAAAAUCAGGAAAGAAAAAGCUUUGGAUUAUGCUAAUAUGUGCUGUUAUAACUUUCUUAGUUUUUCUUUUAAUUUUAUUAUUGUGA